CGGACAGUGAGUCACGCAGUCACAGCUCCUUAUUGUGAGAAAUAAACAUGCAGUUUAUGGUCCUGCUCUUUAUAAUAAUUUGUCCCGUAUGGUGCAGUGAAGAAGUGGCAGCAUUAAUUUUAGCAAGAGGUGGCUCUAAGGCGGUUCGCUUGAAAAAUUUACAAACAGUGGGUGGUGUAAGUUUACUUAGACGAGCUAUUAACAUAGCAUUAAAAGCAGGACUUACUGAUGUCACGGUAUCUACCGAUCAUCCUGCUAUAGCUUUGGAAGCUCUAAAAAGUGGUGCAUCAUUAUUUCAUCGGAGCCGAAUAACAGCUACAGACAGUGCACCAUCCAUUUGGGGUGCAGCUGAGUUCCUAUAUGCAAAGCCACACAUAAAAGUUUUAGUAUUAAUUCAAGCUACAUCGCCUUUCAUUCAAGCAUCAUAUGUCCGCAAUGCAGUUAACAAAUUAAAUUAUCCUAAACCGUACGAUUGUGUUUUUUCGGUUACAAGAAGUUAUAAAUUACGAUGGCAGUACGUCAACAGCGACUGUGUUAGUGCUAUAAAUUUUAAAGUUGGUGCAAGGCCACGAAGGCAAGAUUGGAAUGGAGAAUUAGUAGAAACUGGAGCUUUUUAUAUAUCAAGGAGAAUUCUAAUAGAAAAUGGAAGCUUUCAAAAUAAUAACGCUGUCUGCCGAUUGCCACCUAAACGUGUAGUCGUUGGUGGUGGAAGCCCGACGUUCCUGCAGCGGCGGAGGGCUGCGCUGCAACGAUGGUUGACUCUGGUCGCCAGGCACCCAGUGUUGGCACAUGAUGCGGAUCUUCGCAUUUUCCUCUGCGAGUCUACAGCAAGACUCGAUAAACCUAAACAUGACGAGUUCAUAUUAGCUGGCAGCCAGGAAGAUAUUCCCAGAAAUAUGUCUACGGAAGAUAUGCAGGCAGCCUUCCUUUGCGAGCAAGAGCAAUUACGUUUAAUACAGUUGGGUUUAGGAAGAAUAUUUAAAAUAUGUGAAAAAGUGGAGAGUCGAUCUGAAGCAGAACGAGGGGAUAUUCGAGAAUUGGGGGCAACUCUGAGCGCCCUAUCGACGCCGGUCGCGGCCGAUUCACCGCGGUGGUUACACGUUAAGGAAUCUCUAAGAGCAGCUGCUCAGUUAGCGACAGAGAUGGGUGAAGCCCGCGGCGGCGCGGAGGAGGCGGAGUGGGCGGAGGAGGGCGCGGGUGGGCGCGUGCAGGUGGCGCUGGAGGCGCUGGCCGCGUUCCGCGAGCUGUGCGCGCGGCUGUCGCGCGGGCUGCACGCCGAGCGCGCCGCCGCCGCGCAUGCGCCGCGAGCGCCGCACUCGCCGCACUCGCCCGCCGCGCAUGCGCUGCGCAUGCGCCACGGCUAUGCGCUGCGGGCCGCGCUCGAGGAGGCGACAGUGGGCCGCGCGUACGCACUGGGGGCGCUCGAGUCGCUGCCAGAACUGUUCCGCGCGCACGGCUCGGUCAGCGCACGCGCCGCCGAGCUCUGGGCCGCUCUGCACGCCGCGCUCUGCCGACCAGAGCGGACUGAGCGGACCGAGCGGUCUGAGCGAACUGAGCGGAGCGACACUAAUACCCUGUGGUAAAUAAUCAAUACAUUAUUAUAGGGGUGGGUAAUAUGAAACAAUAUCUGUGUAUUUUAGUUACAAUAUCUAUAUAUUGGCCUAAUAUCAAAUAUCUGUUAUCUAAUAUUUAAUGUCGAAAUGAAGAACCUGGGGGUCUACCAUGAAAUUCCGAAUUUUCGUACCCAAUUUCGUAUUUUUGUUUGUACCGAAAUCGACCCUGUAAAUGGAGCUUAACAUUUCGUUUGUCAUAAAUCCUACCUUAAAAGUCCAAAGGAACGAUACUUUAGCAUUUUUAAUAUUUUUAAACGGUAUGUAUCAUGUAAUUUUAAUAUCAAAUUUGUGUUACGUUCGGAUCCGAAAUUUCGGAAAAAAAUUUAUGGUAGGCCCUCUAAUCUAGUUUAAUAUAGAUAUGGGAUCGGUACGCGCGAUACCGAAAUGGGUGAUGACCUUUUCUCCACCAUUGGUGUCCAAAAAAACCCAAUACAUAGAUAGAGAUAUUACCCAUGCAUACCGAAUUACGUGUAACACUCUUCAAUGCAACGGUAAAGGCUAAUUCCCACUGUGUCGCGAUAAUGAUUAUGUUUGUAUUUUAUCUAUUAUCUUGUUAAUCUACAAAGACGAGUGCCAAAUGAAUCAAUAGAUUAUCGAUAUAUACGUUUUCAUUACCGCAAGCAUAAGGAAGCACCAGUCGCCUGAUAUUGCUGCCUCGUUUUAUCUGCUGCAUGUGGUAGCGAUAACGAAUGUAUCGAGACAUUUGUUUAGAGAGAGCUGUGUAUUUAACUAGAAAUUGCUAAUAUACUUGACACGGCGCGAUUCGAUUAAUCGUCCACAAUGUUUUAUUACAAAAAUUGUAAUUAUCACAAGUAUAAAAAUAUUAAGGUUGACAGAUGGUCAAUGAUAAAAAAUCAUUACAAGUAAGCCUAUAGCUUAGGUAACAUUAAAAUGUUAGAGUUGUUAAAAUUUUAGACAAGAAAUUUUAGACUUUAUCAGCUUUAGGUUAAAGUCGAAAAUCCAAUGAGGUUAGUUCUAACCUCGACUGUAUUAUUGCUCAUUUUUUAAAACUACUUCUAAUUAUUAUUUCUAUUAUAAUUAUUGAGAGACGAGCCUUUUUAGGCAGAAAAACCUGUGACGACCUAUGAUAUUUUAUGCUCGCCCUUUUUUAAAGUUCGCUGAUAAUUCUGUAAUAAUUCAGUGAUAGGAAUUUUAAGAUGUUCUUUGUAGCAAUGUUUUUUUUUUUAUCUGUUCAGGAUAUAAAGCGUAUUUUACAAAGGAGAUAUAUCCUUUAUCUAUGAGUGGGCUACAGUCAGAAAUUUUAUUUCUAUGCUAUACUCGUAGUUUAUUUUUAAACGGGUGAAACCCCUGAUGCACUUAGUAAUUACAUAUCAUAAUACAUUGUGCCUAAUUGAUACAUAUAAGAUUUGUUGUAUUUUUAAGUAUUAUAAAUGAUAGAAUGAUAAUAUAAUUACUAAGAAAUUAUUUUAUUAAUAUUUGAUACGACGUAUAUUAGAAUAAAAUUGUAAUGGAUCAUACACGAUCAAGACCGCUACAAAUUUUGAAUGUGUACUUGAUCGUGUAUGGUCACAAUUAGGACGAAUUCUAUAAAAAAUUGCUCACGCAAUAACGCAAUAUAUCCAAAGGUGUAAUAUUUGCUUAAAGUAAUUAUAUUUUUGCGCAUGUUUUAUAUAAAAUUUAAACGACCACUGCAACGCAAGUGUUAAAAUGUAUAUUUUUAUUACUGGUUCUUCUUAAGGAGGCCACACAUAAUAAGAUAAAUCGCCAUGAUAUAGUAUAAACUUUAUUGGUGAGUAGUUGACGACAUGUGCUGUGUGUGGCAUGCAUUAUAUUUUCCAUAAUAAUUGUAUUGUAGAUACAUGAAUCUCUUUGUUUUAGGUGUUUAGUUCAAUUUAAUUUUAUCCCAUAUCACUGGAAGGUUCGAUUUUCAGCCGACCCAAUUUAAGAAAGAAAUUUCUUUAGUUCUGGAUUAUUCCACCAGAUGUUCGCUGGCUAGUUUUACAGAUAAUAGAUUCUCAUACAUUAUUUUAGACAACAAUCUUUUUUGUUAGUUAGGAUUUUGGUUUAAUCUCAUUUAAUCUCUUAUUAAGUUUGUUUCUCGCCAAUUCAAUUUAGGAAUAAACUUUUCUGAAUUCGGAUCUGUGUGUUCUAGUUUGUAAACUCUUUUUACAGUAGUACAAUUUUUUAUUUAUCUACACUUUAUUGCACCAUUUAUAAAAAUAAUAAAUACAGUAAAUUUUAAUGAGAAGAUCAUACUUUAUCGUGACGAUAUAAUACGAGUAACAAAAUGUAUUCAAUUACAUACAUUUCAUUUUCUGCGACAAUAUCGUGGAUGUAUACUGGAAGUGUAUCUAAGUACAUUUACAAGGAUCGAUUUUGGCGCGCCAUUUCUCUAUUCCUAAUUCUAAAAUUUAAUAUCCAAGCGAAAUAUUCAUUGUAAGGAUUAAUAUGAACUGAAUUUCUAAUAUAUUUAAGUCAAAGUUAUUAUUAAAUUAAAUUAUUGUAAUUUAUGAUAGUCCAUAUGACAGUAAUGUUGCAAAACUAUCAAAUUAAAAUAUUAAUUUAUGGGAUAGAGAAAUGGUGCCUCAGAAUCGAUUCUAUCGUUUUAUUUACCUAUUAUAUCGUGACGAUAAAAUCAUACGUUGUUUAUUUAUUUAUUUACUUAUUUGUUAUAAGUUACGAUAACAAUUUGCAAACAGAAAUGAAACAUUAAAAAGAAAACAAUACAAAAAUUUAUCAAUACGCAGUUUGCCAACCUUACAUCGUAAACAUCAUUUAACAGUAAGUUAGAAGCAAGUUUGUUCUGUCUUAUAAUAAAUUAUAAGCGACCGUUCAAUAUUAUUGUUGGGUGCUUUUUAAAAGGUAAUUAUUUAAGAAGUUUCUAUGAUAUAUUUUUGAUAUAGUUUGUUGCUAAAUACGUGACUUGUUUUUUUUUACGACCUUCUUUAUCUGUGCCACAUAAAUAUGUAGAAAAAUGUAUAGACAUACAUACAGUUUAUUAUGUAUUGUAACAUACGUAGAUGGUAAUGAUGGUAAUGAAAAAAUUACUAUAUAUAUAUAUAUAUAUAUAUAUAUAUAUAUAUAUAUAUAUAUAUAUAUAUAGCAUAAUAUACCUUCGAUAUACUCGUAUGAUAUUAAUUGUAUAACAAUUUUUUUUUUGGCACGUUGAAUUCUAGUUGCUCGGCAAAAGGAACAUAUCCACAAGUGUCUUCGAUAACCUCGUAAGCUAUUAUAGCCAUGAGCAUAAUUUUUUUAUACCUAUUUAUUUUGAAUACUAUAUUUAAAAUUGUAUUUUAUUAAUUAUAAAUUAUAAAUCUUUGUUUUAGAUCUUUGUUUUUGAAUUAGAUCAGGGUUUUUCAAAGUGAAGUACGUGUAUCACUCGGAGUAUACCAGUUAUUCAUAAGGGGUGCGGCAGCUUAGCUGAUUCGCACAUUAAAUAAGAACGACAGAGAGAUGGAUGGUAUUAUCCAAAUAUCAAAUUUCUUAAGCUGAUUUUAAAAAGAUAUUUAUUGCUCUUUAAGACUUCGUUCAUAAUAAAAUACCUUAUUUGAUAUCAAUUGUUAGUCAGUUUUAUAAAGGAAUUCGCCAUGGUCUAGAAACACUAAUAAGUGUAUGUGAAGCUAUAAGUUUGAAAAACCCCGUAUUAGAUUUACCUAUUCAAUAUUUAAAAAUUUGUAAAUAUUGAAUUUUUUGACCGGUUUUUAAAAAUACAUUUCUCACAGAAAUUGACAAUGUCAUGCCUUAAUGUGCCUUUAUUUUAAUCAUAUUGCUAGCAAUUAUUCUUUACCAUGUAAAUAAAUAUAAUAAUUGUAAGCUAUUUUGACAAUAAUAUAUCGGGAACACGUGAAGAUAGUAAGUUCUAACACUUAUCGAUGGUCAACCACCAAUAAUACCUUGUAAUUGUCAUUAUUUUAUUGUUCUAAAUUUGUUUUUUAACUUUCGAAUCCCCCUUUCUAUGUGACAGAAAGAACAAAUAAUUUGUAUAUCCAGUAUAUUACGAAAUGAUUUUAAAACCGACUGUUUUUUUUUUAAUUUGAAUUUAGAAUUAUUUCAAAAUUAGGAAAUAUUGGCGGUUAUCGUUAUUAUAGUCCAUAUACUUUGUGCGCGGUGCUCUCUAGUGCAAGCAGCUUUCCUAGUUAGAAGUGUGAAAAAUAUAGCAAUACUAGCUGACUCGACAAACGUUGUUUUACCAUAUACAUUAUUUCGAAAACUAUACAUGAAAAUUUAUCGUACUACAAUUAUUAUAUUUGAUUGCCAUCUUGCAACUCUAUUGCGGUAUACAAAACUCGCGAUUAAAAAACAGGGGUUGAUCGUAAAAGCGUGAAAAUUAGAAUUUGUAUAUAUUUUUCAUAAUAAAGUAAAUAUAAAAAAAUUGUCAAAAAAAAAUUUAGGUAGGUCACCCUUAUCAUUGAGGGGUACGAAAAAUAGAUGUUGGCUGAUUCUCAGACCUACCCGAUAUGCACACAAAAUUUCAUAAAAAUCGGUAAAGCCGUUUCGGAGGAGUUUGGUAACAAACACCGCGACACGAGAAUUUUAUAUAUUAGAUUAUAUUAUAAUAUUGUAUUAAAAAUAUGUAUAUAUUAUAGUUACAGUGUCUAUAUAUUGGCCCAAUAACAAAUGUAUUAAAUACCGGUUAUUCAAUAUAUAACAUCCAAAUUAAUGUAGAUAUUCGACUGAUAUUAUCAAUUUAGAAAUUUUCCACCAUCAGUGUUCCUAAUGAAAAAUCCAAUAUAAGUGUGUUGCUGAUAUUAUCCAUUUUUGUUUAUACAACUUAGAAUGGAAAACAAGCUGACGGCCCACCUGAUGGGAAGUGGUAACCGUCGCCUAUAGACAUGAGCAGUACCAUGGACAUAACAGAGUAUACUGUUUCGCCCAUGAUACCCCCCAUGCAUUGCUAUUCCCGAGGACUUAGGUAUUAUUCCUCUGUACCCAGUAAAUUCACGACAUAUCCCACCCUUCAAACCGAAACACAGCCAUGCAAACACAACUGCUUCACGGUUGAAACACGAAUGGGACAGAGGUACCCAAGCAAUCGACUUUUGUACAAAGUCUCCCUCUGGUAGGUAUCCAUGCCUACUCCUAGUUAUAUUUCUCACCCCUCCCCCUUCCAGUUCGUCUGUCACCCCGCAAGAGCACCGUGUAUAAUGUUGACAGGCUAUAACACCACCUGUACUGAAUGAUAUUUUUUUUUAUCAAAUGAUCUGAUGAUGGUAGCGAGAUGACUAUAAGUACAUAAGUGUCAUUACCAAACAUAUUCUACUCUGUGAUAUAUGCAAUAAUAUCAUUACAAAUUUAUCUGUUACAAUGUUAUGUUUAUACUUUAUUAAAAAAUUAGUGCCUAAUUAUUUUAGUUUAUUGUUGAAAUUAAACUAUACAUUCCAAUAGAUAUAAGUAGCAUAUUUUGCGAUCAUAAUUUACAAUAUUUAAUACAGCAUGUUAGUGUGUGUUGAUUUAAAAAAAAUGAAUAUAUUAUUGAUUAAAUUUUAUUACAAUUACAUACA